AUGGAUGUUGAGAGAGCUGUGACUAGUGCAGCAAAACCAGUUGGGUCACAGGAGACUUGGGAUUUGGCUGAGUUCAGGAAGUGUAGUCCUCCUCAGUUUAGAGGUAAUGCAGAUCCAGAGGUAGCUGACCACUGGAUUUGGGAGUUGGAAAAGAUAUUCUCAGUUCUAGGUUGUUCAGAUGAGUGGAAGCUCAACUAUGCAGUGUAUAUGUUGACAAGGGAGGCAGAGUAUUGUUGGAGAGUGGUUGUGGACUGGGUGUGCUUCAAGAGGGCCUUCCUUGAGAAGUACUUCCUAGAGAGUGUUACUGUUAGGCAUGCUUGGGAGGUAGAGUUUAUGAGAUUACAGCAGGGGGGAAUGUCGGUGAUCGAGUAUGCCAUGAGAUUCGAGCACUUGGCACACUUCUACACCCAAGCCACCUCUAAGGCUUGGAAGUGUAGGAAGUUGCUGAAGGCUUGA